AUGGGGUUGUCGACUCAGGUCAGAACUGCCGUUGCAACUAGCUUGCUGGUAUUCUCGGCUCAGGUCGCGACAGUCAACGCGGCUUCAGCUUCCACCCGGUAUACCUCCACUUCGACUGUUUCCUUGAUGAAGUCGUCUCCUGUCUCCUCUUCGGCUAUCCCGGGCGUUGCCAACUCCAACACUCCUAUCGUGCUCGCCGUCGUCCCGGCUCGCGCCCCUAUCAGUCGCAGGGACACCCAGAAUAAACAUCCUAAACACCACGACUCUGACAAGGAUGACCACGACGACGACAAGGAUGACCACGACGACGACAAGCAUGACCACGACUCUGAUAAGGACCAUGACCAUUCUGACAAGAAACACCAUCACUCUGACAAGGAACAUGAUCAUGAUAAGGAACAUCACCACAACUCUGAUAAAGGACACCAUGAUAAGGGACACCAUGACAAGGGACACCACCACAAGGACAAGGGACACGACAAGGGAUAUGUGGGCGCUCCGCCCGCCGACCCGCUCAGCUGUGCCGACGCAACUACCUUCUAUUUAACGGACGGUGUGAUCAACAGCGGCGGGGAGUAUCUCGCAACGGGCCGAGACGUCUUAUACGAGCCGCUAACAGCAUCUUCGCCGCGCGGGGACUCCGCAGCCGGCAAGUUCGCCGUUGAGAACGGGUAUCUACGUUGGUACGAUGACGGGUUCUACGGCGGGCAGGCGCGGUACUGCCAGAUGCCGGGCUCGGGACAGGUGUACGUCACGUACCACGUCGAAAGUACCUGGCCUGAGGGUUGCGAGGAGGUCGACCUUGCGGUAAGGCCGGAGUCGUGGUGCCGAGAUGGGGAUGGGGAUGAGUAUGAGUACAAACACGACGAUGAUGAUGAUGAUGAUGAUGAAUACAAGACCAACGAUGGUUAUAAAACUAAGCAUCAUGAUGAUGAUGACGAUGAUUACGAUACCGGAUACGCGACGAGCACCGGAUAUUCCGCGCAUUCGGACUACGAAACCAGCAGCAGCAGUCACUACGCGACACCUACCAGCUACGAAACUCACAGGAGUAGUUACAAGACUCCCACCAGUCGCGCAACACCACACAGUUAUCCCACCAUCGCCAGCGCCCAAACCCCCUCGUCCCAGGGCAUCUACCCGACGUACGCCAGCCCGACGGGCCAGCUCUGCGUCGAGACGCCGCUGUCUUGGGUCCUCGGCAGCCAUACCUUCAUCCGGGACGAGCUAUGA